GUUAUUACUCUGUCCUAUCCGUCUUCGUUCAACACAGCUUCAGAUCUUAACAUGAACACCCAUGCUUCCUCUCAGCGCCAUCCUAUUCCUCUUUCUACCCACUGACCUCCUUCACUCAUCAGCAGUAUGCUCGACAGCCCUAUCCUGAAAUGUUUUCACGAAAAUCCAUGGACUUUUCCCUCGGGGCCUCCACUUGCGCUUGCAAUUUUGGUCAAUGCCUUAUCUGACUCAUAUUGUGCUUGUUUCACCUCUUGCAAAGAGAAGAGCGUUCAAAUGAAGUAGGAUGUCUAGAGCGGUUGAUGGUCAGAAAUAGUCUUCAAUGCAACAUACACCAAGACAGCGGCAUAGCAUUAGGGGCUGUAUUUGCUGUUGAUGUCAAGAGCUCGAUAUGUUGUCAUGCUAGUCAACACACGUACUGAAUCGUUUUUAGCAGGAUCAAAGUUAUCUUCAUCUCCCUCUGAUUUCAAUUCCUUCCUCAAACUCGAUUCAUUCAUACCUUACUGAAUUGAACCCACGCGCUCCAUUCCUACUCUAGCAAUAUGCCAUUCAGCAACAAACUCCUCGCUGAUGAAGAGGAGAUGAGCAUGAAAUUUCGCCGGACAACAUCCGCCACUCAAAACGCGACAGCGACACAAGCUCGGCUCCAACUGAAGGAGGCUUUCAAGGAGAUCGACAAAGAUUCCAGCGGGGCUAUCGAUCAAACAGAGUUUCAGGACGUCUUGAAGUACCUGCAGAUACAGCUACAAGACCCGCUCAACGACGCAGACACAGUCUUCGAUUACAUGGACCACAACGGGAAUGGUCUGAUCACGUGCGAUGAGUUUCUCAACACGUUCGACGACUUGAUCCACAAGAGAGAAGCUGUCGGGCACAUGGACGUGGACGAUGUUAUCAAGGACACUCUGUGCGGGAUCCUCUCUCGAGCCCGGGAAGAGCGAGGGCAUGUGAUCCAGGCGUUCAUGAUUGCUGGGCAGAACAUAGAGCAUAACGACGAGGGAUUCGGGAAGGGAUACUGGGGAUGCAAAUGGAAAUUCAUUCUUUUCGACAAGAUCUACGCUAAACCUGUGGUGGACGGAAAGAUACUCGUUCCUGAAGGAGAAGCUUGA